GCCGGAUGUGCGUUUGCGAGCGAUGUGGACUUGACGACAGACCACGCGAGUGUGUCCUCUGAAGGCGGAGCGGAAGCGUUGUAGUUGACGCUUGACGGCGGGGAUCCACGAGCUCAGGGUCACGUGUUCACGAUGAGGUUUGACCUUCUUCGAACGAAGCAGCUCCUCGGCGUCGCCACCUGCUCAGUGACGUCACCCGUCAGAAGCUUGUGCGGCGGUCCUCUAGAGCCCGAGGCCCCGCCCCGCUCCAUGUUCAAGCAUCUGACCUCCAAGAUCAGGGCCACGGGGCCGCUGUCGGUGGCCGAGUACAUGCGGGAGGUUCUGACCAACCCGGUGUCGGGCUACUACGUGACUAAGGAGGCGCUGGGACCCGACGGCGAUUUCAUCACGUCACCUGAGAUCAGUCAGGUGUUCGGAGAGCUGCUGGGUGUGUGGGUGGUCAGCGAGUGGAUGGCGGCAGGUCGACCCGGGCGUCUGCAGGUGGUGGAGCUGGGGCCUGGACGAGGGUCCCUGGCGGCGGACGUGCUGCGGGUGCUGUCCCAGCUCCGCUCCGUGCUGGGCGGAGCUUCGCCGUCUCUUCACCUGGUGGAAGUGAGUCCUGUGCUCAGUCGCCUGCAGGCCCAGCGUCUGACGGGUGACCAGCACCAGGAGGUGCAGGACCACGAGCAGUUGGUGUACCGUCGUGGAGAGACGGCACAGGGCGUGCCGGUGCGGUGGUACCGCGGCCUGGACGCCGUUCCUGCAGGAUUCAGCGUCUUCCUGGCUCAUGAGUUCUUUGAUGCACUGCCCAUCCACAAGUUCCAGCGAACUCACAAGGGCUGGAGGGAGGUUCUGGUGGACGUGGACCCCGACAGCCCGACGCGACUGAGGUUCGUGCUGGCGCCGACCCCCACGCUGGCGUCGACAACGCUUAUCCAGGCUGACGAAGGUCGCGACCAUGUGGAGGUGUGUGCGGAGGGCGGGGCCAUGGUGCAGCAACUGGCUCGCAGGAUCGCAGAGGAGGGCGGUGCCGCGCUGAUCGCAGAUUACGGACAUGACGGCACCAAGACGGACACGUUCAGAGGGUUCAAAGGUCACCAGCUCCACGAAGUCCUGGAGUCCCCGGGCUUGGCUGACCUGACUGCAGACGUCGACUUCAGCUACCUGCGGCGGAUGGCCGAAGGGGGCGUGGCCUGUCUGGGUCCCUUGGACCAGAGGACGUUCCUGAGGAACAUGGGCAUCGAGGCCCGGAUGCAGGUUCUGCUGAGGAACUGUAGCGAUGUGGCCACCAGGGAGCAGCUGAUCAAUAGCUACCACGUCCUGAUGGACCCCGCUCAAAUGGGCCAUCGCUUCCAGUUCUUGGGCCUGCUGCACCCAGGCCGCCUGGCCAGGCCCAGCCCGCCCCAGGGCCUGAAGCUGGACAGGAAGCCCACUCCCGCCCCACUUCCUGUCGCCGGCUUCUCCUGAAACCUGGAUGGUAGGUGCAUGGACACGUGACCCCGAUCCACCGACUCAGGUCCAAGUCUAGAGGGGUCCACGGUCCCCAGCAGGAGGCAUUUUGAUGUCAGAACCAAGACAGUGUUUGUAUGUUUGUAUUUUAUUUUUCUCAGGUCAGGUUUGUCACAAUAAAGCUUUUUAUUAUUUAAAAAAAAAAAAAAAAAAAACGGCCGUGGACGAGAGGAGAUGCCGUCAUGGACGGACGCGCCAACAACGAAGACAGCCUGUAGGGAGGCGCUGUUCUACUCACUUCCUUGGCGCUGCCUGGCCACUAGGGGUCCUCCUCCUCCAUGUGCUCCAUGUCAGGUGACCUGAGCAGGUGUGGGGGGUAGUCCAGCCCCUGCUGGUGGGCGAACUGCUGCCAGCGGGCGUCGUCGCUCGGGUGGGUGAUGUAGCGCUCACCCAGCCGCGUCUCAAAGUGCCGCAGGUCCAGCCAGGUCUGGUAGUCCUGCAGAGCGUCAACGCCGUCACCUCCGCCCCCACUGGCCAUGCCCCCCUGCCUCACCUGGAGCCAGGGAUGACUCAGCGAUUUGUCCACGCUGAAGCGCUUCCUCAUCUUCACCUGCAGCAGGUUGUUGAUCAGGUCCGUCGCUACGGAAACCAAGCGGACACGGCCGAGUCAGGGUCCGGCAGCCUCGGCCUACCCCGCCCCGCCUCACCGUCCGGGCAGAUCUCCCUCCAGGUGCCGGGCGGGUACAUGAAGGCGGCGUUCUGGAUCUGCUCACUGAUGUCCUCGUCCUCGGUGAAGGGGAAGGUCCCGCUCAGGCUCACAUAGAUGAUCACGCCCACCGACCACAUGUCCAGCGAGCGGUUGUAGCCCUUGCUGCGCAGCACCUCCGGCGCCAAGUAAGCCGGCGUGCCCACCACCGAGCGCCGGAAGGACUUCUCGCCGAUGAUGCGAGCAAAGCCGAAGUCGCAGAGCUUCACCUGAGGGGCGGAGUUUGGUCACAUGACU